AUGAAUACUACCUACCUAUUAUUAACAGGUAGACCCUCGCCGCGCGAAAAGGGACCUCGUCUUGGCCUCUUCUUUGCAUCUCGGCACGUCCAUUCUUCUCUUCUUCCCGUGACGGCUGACGGGUAUCUUUUCUUCUCUGGCCGCCCUGUCGCGUCCAUUGACUGCCCUGCGACUGCACGACACGCAUCCCCAUGUGUGCUUCGACCCCGUCCCCUUCAGUCUAAUCUUUUUUUUUUUUCGCGGCUCUGCAUUCAUCGACCUCGACUCUCCUUUACGAAUCCCGGCUCCUCGACGCCCCAAAACCGCCUCCUCUUCCGUCCGCCCUUUCAAAACUCCCCCGCGGCCAUGGCUCGAGCCAUGGGGGCCGUCCGCCUAAAGAAGGCCAACCCGUCGACGCUCAUCCUCGGCGCGGUGCUGUGCAUCUUCAUCAUUCUCUUUCUCAUCUCGCCGUCGGGCUCGUCCGUCUCGAGCCGACUCGCCAGCGUCACGGCCGACCACCACCUAUCGCCGCCGACGUCGCCGUACCGCAAAUCGAGCCUCAAGGGUGGCAAGACGAGCCGGCCGCCGCCCGUGUCCCGGUACGACCUUAACCAGGUGACGGUGACGCCGCAGCCGAUGCGCAACAAGGAGCACAUCCUCGUACUCACGCCCAUGUCACGCUUCUACCAGGGCUAUUGGGAUAAUCUGAUGACGCUCAGCUACCCACACGAGCUCAUCACGCUCGGCUUCAUCCUGCCCAAGGACAAGGACGGCAACGCAGCCACGGCCGCGCUCCAGAAGCAGAUUCAGAAGACGCAGAAGCGCGGCCCGGAAAAGGACCGCUUCAAGAGCAUCAUCAUCCUCCGCCAGGACUUCGACCCCGCCCUCGCCUCCCAGGACGAGAGCGAGCGCCACAAAAUGUCGAACCAAAAGGCGCGGCGCGAGGUCAUGGCCAAGGCGCGCAAUUCGCUUCUCUUCACCACGCUCGGUCCCAAGACGUCGUGGGUGCUCUGGCUCGACGCCGAUGUUGUUGAGAGCCCGCCCAGCCUCAUCCAGGACCUGGCCGCGUUUGACAAGGACGUCAUCAGCGCCAACUGCUGGCAGCGCUACUACGACGAGGACACCAAGAAAAUGUCGGAGCGCCCGUACGACUUCAACAACUGGCAGGACAGCGAAAACGCGCAGGAGCUGGCCAAGAAGAUGGGGCCCGACGACAUUCUGCUCGAGGGCUACGCUGAGAUGCCGACGUACCGCAUGCUCAUGGCCAAGCUGUACGACCCCAACGGCGACAUCAACCAGGUGAUGCCGCUGGACGGCGUGGGCGGCACCGCCCUGUUGGUCAAGGCCGAGGUGCACCGCGACGGCGCCAUGUUCCCGCCCUUUGCAUUCUACCACCUGAUUGAGACGGAAGGCUUUGCCAAGAUGGCAAAGCGUCUUGGAAAGCAACCAUGGGGUCUACCCAACUACAGGCAGACCGGGCAUUGCGGUUCACGCGCCUUCGUACCGUCCAUUGUCCUCGGAGCACCACAGCUCGACGAGCUUGCGGGUGCCGACAACGUCGCCGCCGCGCAGCAGGGCCGCGACGUCGACGUUCAAGGGCGAGUCCGUCUCCGGGCAGCUGAGCAGCAUGCGGACGGCGCGGACGCACUCGAGGACGCUGUACGUGGGGGUCCAGGCGUCCUUGAGCAGGUCGAGGCAGAUCUCGCCGUUUUGCAGCGCAAUGUUGGGGUGCACGACCUGGGUGGCGAAGCGCAUCCGGGGCGGCUUGAGGGGGUACUCGUCGGGUAUGUCGAUGGCGAGGAGCCAGCGGCCGCCUGUGGUCCUCUGCCAUGGCCCACGCCGCGGCCGUUGAUGACGGCCUCCCACUGCAUCAUGUUCUCGUCGCUCACGGGGCCGAGACGCUCGAUGCCGCGCUCCUCGGGCUGCUCGGCGCGCCACGUCUCGAGCUCCUUGAGCAGGCGCCGGGCGCCGGUUCGUGUAGAUGACGAUGAGUCUUUCUUCUUGGAGCCGGCGCUCGACUUGGAGAGCGUUGAGGAGGACCCCAUUCUGUUGGUAGCGUUCGGUCGGGGUCGCAAAGAGAGGAGGGCGAGGGUUCGGGGGAGCCGGGCCGUGUGGAGGGCGAGGAGAGGUGGGGAAUUGUCUACAGGUCGAUACAACGUCGUGGAAGCUGAUGCGCGGGAGAGGAGAAUGAUGCAGGAAGCUGCGAGGCCGAAUGACGAUGGCACGUCGAAGCAAAGGCUACGUCCGCGCCGGAUGCUACAGGGCAUUGGGGACUAUAAAGGCUAG